AUGUUCGUCAAUCCCUACGUCCCUCAACCAGCCUACCCAUAUUACACCUACACUCCCGGCGGAGAGGUCUCUGGGCCAACACCCGUCUACGCUCUCCUGAUUAUCGGGAUGGUGUUCUUCAUGGCUUCCAACGUGAUGCCAAAUCUCAUCCCCCCAGCAGAUAGGGUCUGGCAUACCGCACCGUUCCUCCUACAAUGGGGAUUCUUGAUCAUCAUAUGCGCACUUUUGGUACAGAUGAUGGGACUACUACCGGGCGUCCCUCAAAUUCACAUCACCUAUGUCCACAUGACUAUCGCCGUGCUGCUUUUUGUGAUCAUGUGGAAUCAGACCGUGCCCGGACCCUCCCCACCGCCACCUGAAGAGAAAAAGUCGUCCUCAUCCUCCAAGGACAAGCCAGCAGAAGCAAAGAAAGAGGAAAAGAAGAAAGAAGAGCCCAAGCCGGAGGAACCUUCCCCUUGGGACGACCUCCGUGCUCACCCAUCUGCUUUCCUGACCACGAGAUUGAACAAGAUGAUGCCGUGGCCAUUUCCGAUGGGGAAGGCUUCGUCAGGCGGGAAAGAGCUCUGGUGGGAAAAGGGGAUGCCUGCACAUGUAGGACAUUUCAACAGGCCCGAACAGCCUGCACCCAAGAAGGAUGCCGACGAAGACGCAAAGAAGAAGAAGAAGGAAGAAGAGGAGAAACAGAAAGCCAAGGAGCAGGAAGAGUUGAAGCAGAAGGAAGCAGAAAAAUCCAAGGAAAAAGAGAAGGCUAUGGAGAAGGAAAAGGCAGCUAAAGAGGCUGCUGCAAAGGCGAAAGCCAAAGAGGAUGAAGCCAAACGGGCCAAGGAACUCGAAAAGGCCAAAGAGGAGCGUGCGAGGCAGCAGGCUGUCGAAGACAAGCAGCGGCAGAAACUGUGGCGUACGAAAUACCUGGUAAUGAUCAUCGGAAUCAGUUUCUUGAACCGGUCACUUGCGUUUCUUCUCCUGCUGUGCUUGUGUCUGCAAAUGGUAUCGCAAGAGAUCAACAAAACUGUACCUUCAGCAAGCUCGCCACCGGCUGCCGCACCGGCCUCUACCUCGUCUUCAUCAACUUCGUCUCAAGCGCCCUCUUCUUCCGGAGCCCCCUCAAAGCCCCCUUCUGCCCCUAGUGCUGACGCAGAAAAAGAAAAGAUGGCUAAAAUGAAAGCUAUGAAGGAGAAGGAAGCCGCAGAUAAGGCAAAAAGCUCUUCUGCCUCGUCCGCAAAACCUUCGUCGUCUUCCUCGUCUGCUAAACCUUCGUCGUCAUCCUCCAGCUCAUCCAACUCCAAGACUUCAUCUUCCUCCUCCUCCAAACCCAAAGAUGCACCUGUCAGUAGCGACGCAAUCCGAAAAGCCUCUGGCUCUACGACAGUCACAAAAGUCGACCCUGGAGAAGACAGCAGUAUCGGUGUUCCCUAUACGGUGGGCUUCGGCAUGAAUUACAUCUUCAACCCGGACACGAAAGGAGAAACUCUGGAGAGCCCAUCGAUGCCCAUUCCAAGCACUGGCAUGUCACAUCCGCUCAUGACUACUUAUCGCCAGUAUGCCAAUUGA